AUGUCUGUCGAUAUCGAACCCUCUGAGCUGAGCUUCCGUCGGCCAUUCACCGAGGAGGUCUCGCAAGUUCUUAUCCUCAAGAAUCCGAACUCGAGCCCUGUCGCCUUCAAGGUCAAAACCACCGCGCCAAAGCAAUACUGCGUCCGCCCAAACUCCGGUCGUAUCGAGCCCGUGCUCCUCCAAGCGAUGAAGGCCGACCCCCUCGAUGCCAAAUGCCGCGACAAGUUCCUUGUCCAAUCAGUUGCCAUUACGCCUGAUAAGGAGUUUACCGCCGUCGCUUCUGUGUUGGAUUCGUCUGAAAAGAGCUCCAUACAGGAGAGGAAGAUUCGUGUGACGUGGCUGCCGCCUUCCCAGGGUGCCAACUCUCACGCUUCUGUUCCCGCUGCCCUGGAGACACCUGUAAAAAGCUCCAUCGCUGCCUCGGAGAACUUCGAUGCGACACCCGAUAUCUCACGAGCGUACGCGUCGCCCUCGAACAACGAUGAUGCCACCUCGAGCCCGUCACCGCCGCCCCAAUACUCGGACGACUCUAGGUCGGUGAAGAAGGAAACCGUCGAGGAUACGCCAAAGACUACGGUCGGCCAGAUCAAGGCCCAGAUCGCGAGUAUCGCCCAGCCAACUUAUGAGGAGCUUAAAAGGAAGUUAGCCGAGGCCGAGGCCACCAUCGAGUCCCUCCGACAGGACUCAUCCCUCCGAAAGCGCAAAGGUGGCUCCGAUAACGAGAAGAUCCCGCAAACCCAGCAGCUCGCCACUGCUACACGGCAGGUUGCAGAGGGCGUCCCUGUGAAGGUGGUUGCGAUACUCUGCUUCCUGACCUUCCUCCUAUCUUACAUCUUCUUCUAA